CACAAUUAAAUACGCGUUGAUUAGAUAACAUCGAGAUACGUAGGCUUGCGUCGCUGAUACACGGAUACGAUUCUGUUGAUUGUUUAUCCUCAACAUAGUUGCCCUUGAUAUCGGCUGCGUGUGGGUGAAUCGAAAACUUACUUUCACUGUGAAUGCAGUGAAGAAUUUUGUAUCCUUUAUUCGCAACUUUUACGACGGUAUAAAAAUGGCUUUACCACUGAACGAAACGAUCGGUUUCAUUGGUGGUGGCAAUAUGGCUUAUGCUAUUGCGUCUGGAUUGCUCAACAAAGGUGUCGUGAAAGCGGAAAAAAUUUGGGUUUCGGCCACAAAUCUUGAAAAUCUGCGAAACCGUUGGUGCCCACUGGGGGUUACGCACGUUACCACGAACAACAAAGAGAUAGUUUCCAAAGCGGACGUUGUUUUUAUCUGCGUGAAGCCACAAAUUUUCCUCCAGAUAGUGGGGGACAUUAAAUUUGUAGCUGAAAAUGAUAAAAAUUUCCACGUUAAACUAUUUGUUUCUAUAAUGGCAGGUGUUACGCUUGAUCGCUUAAAGGAAAAUCUGCCAUUGGUAGAUAGUUCGAAGCUGGUCCGCGCAAUGCCUAACACGCCGAUGCAAGUAGGCGUUGGUUGUAUAGUGUUUUGUCGUUCGUGCUCCACCGAUGUUAUCGAUGCUCUGUACGAAAACGUUAAGUUUAUGUUUGGAACUCUUGGACUUGCUUACGAAGUGAAGGAAAACCAAAUUGACGCCGUUACCGGGUUGGCUGGUUGUGGGCCAGCAUAUGUAUACGAAUUUAUCGAAGCCCUGGCCGACGGAGGAGUGAAACAGGGAAUUCCACGUGCAAUGGCUCUGCAACUCGCCGCCCAAACAGUGAUGGGUGCGGCAAAGACCGUAUUGGAUACCGGGAAACAUCCUGCCGUUCUGAAGGAUGAAGUAUGUUCUCCCGGUGGAGCGACUAUACAUGGAGUGCAUGCAUUGGAGGAGGGAUCGAUGCGCGGCACCGUUAUGAACGCAGUGGAGCGAGCAACAAAUCGAGCCAAACAACUUUCUUAAGUAUCCUGUUGUUGUAUGAUUGUACAUACAUGUUUUACCGUUAGUACCAUAAAUCUAUCGAAUCAUAUUCAUUGUUCAAACGGAAAAUAA